CCGAUUUUUUACAAUCACAGUGACCUACAAGGAAGGUUUAGUUUGAUGGAAGUACUUGUUGAUACCCCUGGCUAGUCCAGGGGUUUUAACCUGUUAUUUCUUCAUCUUUUAACGCAUACAAAUAAUCAAAAUGUGGAAAAUAUUACAAAGUCUUCAAAGAGCCUUCAGACAACACGUUCACAGUCCACGACCAUCAGCUGGUCUCUAUGUUGAGGAAGAACAAGAUGUGGCUGCUGAGAAAUCAGAAAAGCUUUGCCCCUUUUCAUGGAUCAGAAGAAAUUCCAAAGAGUGUUUAGAUAAACCAACAUGUAGUGCUAGAGUAUUAGAUAGUCUACAUAUAGAAGGUCAGGAGAAUGACUUUGCUGAAGGCUGUCGUUGUGGUAGCAAUGCCAACUACCAAAAGAAGAAAUGGUGGCGAACUUCUCACAGAGAUUUCUGGCAUUACAUGCCCCAUACAAACUAUAUGAUAGAAGCAAUAUCAUGGGGUUCUGCUGUUCUGUGUGGUACAGACUCUGACAGAUUGCGAAGAAAGACUCGAUUGCUCUAUAGAGUGUUAUGCACUGUGCCUGGGAGUAAGGGUACCCAGAAAAAUGUGGUAGACAAUCUCUUCCCUGGCAGUGUAGCCCCAAAGUCUCCAUCACUUUUAGCCAUCAAAGAUGCAGAAGGCUCGGCUCAUGACUUGGCUGUCAAUGUAUCCAAAUCAGAGACACUGGAUUCUGCAAUGGAAGAGUUCCAGUCCAUGUGUAAUGAGUACACUGCUAGGAACGAGAUCAUGUUAGGGCUUGAAGCCUGGGAGAAAGGUGACAUGUCAACUGCGGUGAAACAUUUGCGUUCUUCUUGCCUCCUGGGAAACUCUACUGCAUGUUUCAACUUAGGCUUGUGUUAUGAGAAAGGAUCUGGUGUGGAGCCUGAUCCAGACAAGGCUGAGCGCUACUAUAAGCUGGCGGCCAAAGGAGGAAACAGUAUGGCCCUGUUCAACCUAGGAUUGCUGUACAUGAACCAUGUCCAAGAAGAAGAUGAAACUGGAGCAGCUGUCCAUUGUGGGUGCAAAAAAAAUGAAGCCAUCAAUUUGAUGGAGAGGGCUGCUCGCCUGGGGCUGGCUGAGGCCCAGACUUACCUAGGCAUGUAUCAUAUUGAUGAAAAGAGAGACUUGCCUACAGCGGUGCAGUAUUUCAGAGCAGCAGCUGAGCAAAAUGAUGCAGAGGCCCAGUAUUUCUUGGCUUCCUGUUAUGAACACGGCUGGGGAGUUACAAUGAACGAGUGUCGUGCUGCCCAGCUCUACUCUCUUGCAGCCAGUGCUGGUCACGUGACUGCCCUCUACAACUUGGCAGAGUUCAACGAGCAUGGUUUGGGUGGCUUGCCUGUGGAUAGAAGCUCGGCUCUUGAACUUUACCAGAAAGCUGCUGACCUUGGGAGUGAGGAAGCUAAGAUGCGACUGAAAGAGAUCAAUUUAGAGACAAAGGAAGUUGAACUUUCUGAAAAACAAAAAGGUUUUGGUCAGCAUUAUAUACACACCCAAAGUGAUGUACUUAGUAGCCACAGCUCGGCAUUGAGUCCUUCCUUGUCUUCACCCAACUUGUUGGACUAUCUACACAGUAUACCCAAUUACUUCAGUGCAGCCUGGGAAUCUAGACACGACCACAACACAAACACCAAUGUUGAUAAGUGUCAUUUUCACCUUGAACCACUGGAGAAUGUUGUCACUGGAACACUUGCUGCAGGUCCCAUGUGCCAGCCACAGCAGAAGGGGCUGUACAUCCCCAGGGAGAUGCAUCGUUCUCACACAUAUCCUAAUAUAGCCAUGGUGGCUUGUAACAACUGAACAACUGGGUAACUUGUUUUGUCAAAGUUGAUAAACUUGAUUUCACCUGUUGAUUUCUUUGUUGAUUAUGAGAUUUUUUUUUUUAACCCGCAUGUUUAGGGUCCAUUAUAUUGAUAGGCUUACUUGAUAGAAAAAUAAAACGGCAUUAGUAACCCAAGUGACAACAUGAUUGUCAACCUAUUAAAAAAUGAAGUCUUGCUAAUGAUGUCAAAUAGUGCUUUGUCCCCCUCUUAUAUUUCACACUAACUAAUGCCAUAACUUUUUGAUUUGGAUACCAUUUAGUAGAUUAUGUACAUUCACACAACUUUUUUAUUGAAGCACAAAUCAUACAUAAAAACUUUCAUUCCCAUACACCGUGUGUAGAAUUGGUCAGAAAAUCUCUAUUGAAAUUGCCAACAAAUUUCUGUCUUCAUCCAGCAACAUUCAAAAUCAUUUUACUAUAAAGAAAAAAUGGUCUUUCAGAAUAAGAUUGCAUUAUUAUCAUGUUGACAUUUUUUUAAGUUUAGAAAAAUAAAUUCAUGUAUAAUCCAAAGCAAUCUUUCCACUUUUAAUUUUACUCUACUAAAUGUGUGAUUUUAUAUUUUUGUGUAAUUUAUUCUUUUAUGUUUUUUUUUUAAAGAAUGUUUAUUUUUGAGUUUUGAAAGACUCCAGAAUUUCUUUGACACUAUAUUUUUUAUAUACACAAUUAAAUUCUUAUUGAGAUUUUUCUGACAUCAGAUGUGAAAUGAGUUGUACGUAAGUGAAAGAAAUAUCUUGAGAUACAGUAAUGGAUGCAGUGUAGAGAUACACCAAUUAAAUAUUAUAAACAUUAACUUUGUAUAAAGCUUUUUUUUUUUUUUUUUUUAAAUCCAUAUGCUUGGUUUUAAGAUUACAAUGAUUACUUAAGCAAUGGGAAAGAUAUUUAUAAUGGGGAAGACUAUUGUAGGCCUAUCAGAAGUGUUGUUUUUUUUUAAAUACCUAUUGAUUGUGGAGAUAAUACAUUUCAUCUAUUGUUGUCAUGAUUUGUAUAUAAACUUCCAGUUGAUGGAGUUGUUACAUUGUUCAUUCUCAUGUGAUGUUACUACAUAAUCUCAAACCCAUUUGUUCAAGCAACAAAAAAAAAAUAAUUUUUUAACUUA